AAUACCAGAAGUGCAAAAAACCUAACCGCAUACGGAAAACAAACCACGAGUCCGUGUUUCCGCGUCACUAUCGAAAUAACUUUUCAAACAGAAACUUUGAGUUUUUGUACCACCACCAGAGCUUAUCGAGUAUUUGUGCACUUGGAUUCGCUAGGAUGUUUAACAGACAAACAAGUCUGUGGAUGGGUGAUCUGGACCCAUACAUGGACGAGAACUUCAUUAAGCAAGCCUUCGGUGCUAUGGGAGAGUCGCCGUGUGGAGUCAAAAUCAUCACUCACAGGAUCACAGGUGGUUCUGCAGGAUACUGCUUUGUGGAGAUGGCAGAUGAGGAGAGUGUUGAUCGCUGCGUUGAAAGACUCAAUGGGAAACUGGUUCCUGGAUCGAACCCGCCUCGCAAGUUUAAGCUAAAUUUUGCCACCUAUGGGAAACGGCCAGAGGCAGGGCCUGAGUUCUCAGUGUUUGUGGGCGACUUGUCCUCUGAGGUGGACGACUACCAGCUCCACCAAGUCUUUAAGAAGUUCCCCUCCUGCAAGGGAGCCAAAGUAGUCACCGACCAGUACGGCUACUCCAGAGGCUACGGCUUCGUCAAGUUUGGCGACGAAAGCGAGCAGAAGGCGGCGAUUGAGGAGUGCCAGGGCACAGUGCUUGGCGGGAAAGCACUCAGACUCAGUUUUGCUGUGGCAAAGAGCCAGAAGCCAAACACCUGGGUGAGCCAGACUCCCAGUUAUCAGAGCAAUUACAGCCCGUCCCCAUCCAGCUACUAUGGUGCUGGGGGGCAAGGUUACUACUCUCAGUGGGGCGCUUACGGUCCGUACAGCGGCUACAACAACGGCGGCUACAACUACAACUACAACUACAACUACGGGCCCUACGGGUACCCUCCGCCCAGCCAUAUGAUGCCGCCCCCUCCCAUGGGGACGCCGCCCACGUCUGCUGACGUGACGGGUGUUGUGGAGGACAGCCAUGAAGACACUGGAGACGGAGAGGAGGAGGAUGCAGAAGCACCAAUCCAAGAAUGCGAUGUGGACCAGUGGAACAAAGACUUUAUGCAGCGUAGCGAAGAGCUCUACGACGCCUUGAUGGACUGUCACUGGGAACCACUAGACUCCUUUGACUCCCCCGUACCCCUUCUGUCGUGAUGCAUUCAAGCAGUCCUCAGUUCCUCCACAGACAUGACCCACAGUCUUCCAUGACACCUAAGUUAUUGAAUUCCCUAUCUUCACUCCUUAUGGCUCCCCAUCAUUAUUUUAUUGUUUACCAUGUUGGUAAGAAUCAGGAAGCCUGGUAAAAUAAUGUUCACCCACAGUGUGUUGACAUUGUUAGUCACGGUGACGUUCGUUGCAGCCAACUGAAGCUGGAUUGAUUCAUGACAUGUUCUUCACUGCAGGGCGGUACUGCUUUCUGUUGAAGCACCAUCGUUAGGCUGGACGAUCGGGCGGUGUGUCUGAUGAAAGGAAUGUAGCUUCUAUGCAAACGCAGGCGUACCAAGGAGCACCAUCAUUCUCUGCUCGUGUGAUGAAUUUCACAAGUUCCCAGCAGUGUCUUCCGCUGGGGUUUUGGCUUUGCAUUUUGUAUAUUUCUUAUUUCCAGACGUGAUCAAUUAAAAACGGAAAUGGAAGAGUCGUGGCCUUGAAGAUUGAAACAAUGAUGGUAGAAUGACAGUUAGCCUAUUUUAAGCCCCAAGGUAGGAGGCCGUCCGUUUUCAUGCAAAAGCAGUAAAAAUAUUGAUAUUAUUUGACUUAACAGGCAGCAGCUGUACCAUUACACCACCAGGGACUAACAGGUGAGGGGUACAUUCUACCAAUUUAUUCUCUUACUCCUUUUUUUUCCUCUGUCCUGCCUCAGGCUGACAUGGCAGCGAUGCACAUUUGCAAGAACCUGACGAAGCAGCAUCAGCUGACUUGGCUCACGUUCUGACAGUUGUGUUCUUCAGUGUGAUGACAUUUUAGAUGUACUGUACAGUGGAACCCCGCAUACGCAUCCAUGAGCAUUCACUCCCACAAUUUGGGAGAUUUUUGCCCAACAAAUUCAAUUUUUUGUUUUUCUAAGAAAACAGGCCAAAACACAUCUCGUUCGCUGUAAGCGGGUAAUCGUUUAUCAAUGGGUGAUAAUACCGAUACAAUGUACAGCACACAUGUACCACUGUUAAAAUGACAUGUUUAUGUCUUUAAGCUUCACUGGUAGUGUUUUCUCCUGAGGCACUGGUGGGCGGUUCUUGAACACACCAUAGUUGUGCUGUGACUGAUUGCAUCUGUCCAUCAGUGAAUAGUGGUGAGUAGCUAUACAUUUUAUACUUGAAAUGUCAGCCAUAUUCGCAUUGUGUCGAGAGUAAACAGUGGCAAUUGAAGAGAGAAGCUUAAGCUGACUCUUAACUGCAGCACUCCCUUUUAUGGCAAAUGCUGAUCUGAAAUCAACAUUCUGAGAAGAUGAUGCAUGUAAGGUCUCUUUUUACAACUCACAAUGUUUCUGUUGGCACCUUCUGAUGUUUGCCUCCGCCUACCUCAGGGGUGUCCAAGGUGCAGCCUGGGGACCAUUUGCAGCACAUUCUGAAAAUAAGAGUUUAACAGGAACACUAAAAAAAACACUCAGCAGCAAAAAUGUAAAAAUCUUCAUUUUGCAAGAAUAAAGUCACAAUAUGAAGAGAAAAAAGUUUGUAAUUUUACGAGAGUCGUGUCAUUUUAGUAGCAUAAAGUUGAAAUAAAGACUUUAGUAUGAGAAACAAAAUUUCUGGAAAAUUUGGUUGCAGAAAAAGUUAUGUUAUAGCAAUGAAGUCAUAAUUGUCAAGAAGAAAGUUGAAAUGGUUGUAAAAUGGAAACAGCUGUAGUUUUAUAAGGAUAGAGUCAAUUGCUACUCAAAAGUGUUUGGACACCCCGGUGUACCUUACCUGUGGUACGUGUUACUUUACUUUGUACACCAGUGCUUGCUUUCUUCUUCUGGACAUUCUAAAUGCUUGUCGUGGUUAUGAGCCAUAGUUGUGCAAUGGUUCUGAUUGAUUUUCCAUCAGUUGCUUGUUUUUCCGCCCAGGGACAGCUUUCUGGUUUUCAUGUUGUUUUCACCUCUAAACGCAGUCUGUACAGGCACAAUCUAUCCUACCCAAUGUGAAAGUGAGUGUAGACAUUCAGUGCUGUUAUUGAUUGGAUAAGCAAAGCAAUGCAACCUGUCAGUACGUUUGCUUACAUGAAAAAUGGGUGGGUUCAGAGAAAAGAUGCUAUCUUCUAAGCUGUGCUUCCCAUCCAGGUGUAAAAAAAACCCAUGGAAAUAGAAGCUGCAAUGUUGCUCUCCAGUCUCAUACCAAACCCAAACGUUUCUACAGCAGAAGUAGAGGAAGUGGCCUCACUGUUCCAAUACUUCUGGAGGUUUCUAAGAUGAAAUCUGAAAGUCUUUGGAGUGGUGCGCUCAUUUUUAUUAUGUAUGUCUUCCCAUGUCAGUCCUGGUUCUGGAACAAUCCUAGUCCAGGUCUCCCGGGGCAGUACCAGCUGGGACCAUGACGGUACCAACCCUGAUAUAAUCCCCUCCAGCUCAAGCAGCCCAGAGCGCCUCCUAGCAACUGGGUGGGGAACUGAGGGAAGUAGGCAAGGAGACACAGGAGCAGGAAAAGCCAGAGGCCAAGUAGGAGAACACAGAACAAAAAGAGGAUCCGAAGCGGGGCGUCAGAAAAGCCACCCAGGCUGAGAUAAGGUCCAAACACUGCUGUCUCUUCAGCGAGCAGCAGACAGCAGAGACAGAGGAGGAAGACGUCCUCUGAAACCUCAUAUCCUCUCCACAACAUCCCGGCAUGGAGACAUUCCGCCUUGCUCUCCCCUUCUCGUAGCACCAAGAGAGGCUGGCUGUUGUUGAUCUCCGGGCUGCCCACUAGCGGCUCAUAGCAGCUUCCUGUAGCGUUUUCUAGAAGGUCCAGAAGUUUGCAGAAGACAAGCCACAGUCCACCAGCCACUCCCAGCCGAGAGAGGUGACGACAUGACAGAGACAGGGAACGACGGGUGGAGAAGGACAGGAGAAAGACAAAGGAACCAACUAGGAUGCACGUCCAACCCCAACCAGAUCGCAAAAACAUCCUGAAAGAACACGAGAAAAUAAGUUGCCAAGAACAUUUUGGAUUGACAGGCUGACGGCAGCUAGCGCUUCGACACUCGUUACACAUAAACUAAUCCCUCAUUUAUGGCGAUUAAUUGGUUCCAGAUCCGACCGUGAUAAGUGAAUUUCUGCGAAGUAGGAUUCCUUAUUUAUAAAUGGAGUAUUUUCAUAGAACACCUUGUAAAUAUGCUUAUACACCCCUGUAGCCCCCUUUAGACUCCUAUUAGCCAAUAUAGUAGACACUAGCAGUGGAAAUUAGACCGAAAUAAGACUGUAAAUGUGUUGUGGGCGGGUCUCAGACAGCCAGCCAAAAAUGACAUUAAAAUAUGUAAUAUAUAACAAAUCCCUUACGUGUUGAUUUUAUUUUUAUUUGGUUGGUUUUAUAUUUGAUUGAGUCCAUUUUAAUUUAUCCAUGACGGAAACCAUGGCUUCUGUAUGCCCUGAUCAGCCCCGAUGAACGGCAAAAUGGUCCAUGUGUCCCUUCCCGGUUAGAAUUCAAUAUGUGUGCAUCUUGUGUUAUUAAUACGCUGCAGGAGUCCAGCUGUGUUCUUAAUGUAUUAGCAGUAAAGCACAGCAUCGUCACCCGCAGGUGUCAAAGGUAGACAGGAAGUAACCUCACCUGUAGAGGAAGUGGCUUCUCUUGGCAAAGACACUGUGCUGGGAGACCCAGAAACUCAGCACAGGGCCGAACAUCACCAUGGCGGACAACAACAGGUGAAAGUGCCGGCGGAACAACGUGUUGCCCAGCAAGUGGGCGGCCAGGUCCGUCAGGACCACCAGCACCGUGUUCAGGAUCAUCUGGACCCAGAACCAAGGCUUUUACUGGGUCAAAUGGAACCAAUCAGUCUUAGAGUACCCUCCACGGUCCUAUCAGCAGACACAUCAUUAGCAAGUCAUUAACACAAACGAGACUCCUUGUUGUAGAACGCAGAUCCUGCAGAGAUUCUGAGCUGCUCGGGUUAGCCGCGUCUGUGCGGGAUAACAUGGACAACCUGCCAGCUGCCCUCAGGCAUCUCGGGCUUCAAAUAUAUGCACACCGUCAAAUCCAGUUGUGAAGUUGUAAGGUCUGACUCGCAGCAGUAUAGAGUAUCUGUCAGGUUGAAUCGCUGGAGGAACACAAGCUGCUGUCCGUCUUCUUUGACUUUGAGGCGCAGGUUCUCUUGAGUGUGUCACUGAAAUGGCUGCACCAAAAACACCCCGCAGAGCCUGACGGGUUUCAGUCCAAGAUCUUCAACGUACCCAUACUGUGUAUACAAAUGUAGAAGUUGUACGUUGUAGAGUGUAGAUGUUGGGGUAUAUCGUUGGUCCACAGAAAGCUCAAACCAGGACACUGACGUCCAAUGUAGCACUGAUCUCAUCAAAAGGAAAACCAGGAACAACUGGACAAUGGUGAAAGAAGUCAUGAAUUAAAAGUGUGAUAUUCCAAUAAUGCCCAAUGUCCUGUGUGUGUGUGUGUGUGUGUGUGUGUCUAUUAACAGCAAUAACCUUUGCACAGAAUCAGGGCUAUAAGUGAACAGCUGCAGCAGUCCAUCAGCCAUCUGUGUCACACACACACACACACACACACACACCAACAUUCUCCUGUUACCAACCCCCCCUUGCCUAUUUUGGAAUUCACUGAGCAAACAAACUCAAUAAGUCAAACAACAGGUAUUGAUUUAUAAAAAUAAGUAAUGUAAUGGACAAUGAUCACCCACUGCAGGACACCAUCACGUCCAUCAGAUAGUGACGGAUUCCUAAGACCAACACUCAUCUGAGUCAUUUGUACGUUACUGUUUACAUCAGUAGUCUCAGACUCGCAGCCCCCGGGACGAUAGUUUGUGGCCCCCGUCUUAAUAUGAAAGACUAAGGUUAGUGUGGCCUGCAAGUUCGAUA